CAUGAAAAGAAAAACGCAAUAACCAUUAACUACCCUUAUCUCGCCGGAUAAGUGUACCCGCCCUGCGCCAAAUGAAAAAUUGAGAACUCUUGAAUUGCUCUAAACCAUUCCUUUUUGCCAUUCUAGCCACCGCCACAAAAAGAGAGCGACAAAAUUCACCUAUCUCUGCCAGAAUUCAAAGCAGGUCUUUGCAUAACGGAAUCACCAGCUGUCGCCAUUGUUGAAAAGGAAGCAUUGCUGUUGUCGCCACCGCCGAAGGAGAUCCGCCGCUCCUUUUUGCUUGCUUCAACAAAAUCGCAGAACUGAAUUCAACAACUUAACUAUUGUUAGACACGACAAGAUGCGAGUUCAGAGACUUUCAGGAAUGCAGAAGCAAGUACUCAGCUUAUAUAGAGGAUUUCUUCGUGUCGCCCGAUCCAAAUCUGAUCAAGAACGACACAAGAUAGAGUCGAUAAUAUCAGAAGAGUUCCGCCGAAAUUCCACGGAAGUAGACCGGAAGAAUUUUCAAUACAUUGAGUACUUACUCCGUCGUGGCAAGAAACAGCUUGAUCAGCUUAGGAGCCCUGGCACCACUGGGUUAACUUCAUUAGAAGUUGAUUUGUCUAGAACCAACAAGACUAACUCUUAAAGUAAGGAUUAGAAUGCAUGUCAUUUGUUAUUACCAAAUAAAUAUAUUUGUAAUCAUGUUUUAACAUCAUAUACUAAUUUUAACAAAAUAUUUAAUUGUAAUUUCAUGCUAUAGAUUUGCACAUAUUGAUUACCAAAAUAUUUAAUGGUAAUUUCAUGCUAUAAAUUGUUUGCACAUUAGACACUUUCCCAAACUCUAAAGACCCAUGCAAAUGCUUAGCUUUAAGCUAGACUAGGAUACUUAUAUAAUUAAUUGUAUAUCAAAUUUCAUAAUUAGAAAUGUUACAAAGCCAAUGAUUUUUGGCCAGUAGUGAACUAAUAUACUAGAUUUUUUUAUAUUUUAUUAGUUUUUUACACACACGCAUAUACACAUAAUUUAAUAUCAUUUGUACUCAUAUUAUACGGUCUGUAGUCUGUGCACAGAUUGAUAGAGCAUACAUAUUAAAUCAUUAUAUUUUGCAACACGAAUUCCCCUUUUCCCUCUUCCGGUGCUGCCUCUUCCUCUUGUGGCAUUGUCCCUCCCUCCAGUGAUUACCUUUUCAUAAUCAAAGUGUUAAAGAAGUUAAAGGCUCUGAAAUUCUGAUCUGGUUGAAAACCUUUCUAGAAGCAUUAUUGUUGAUAUUGUUAAUACCAUGCAAGGUUAUCCUCCUAUGGAUAUUGGCUCUUUAUAUCUUAGGGAGGUUUGUGAUAUUCUCACUCUUGGAAUAUUUUCUCUUGUUUUUAAUUCUCUUUCGCUAUUAGUGAUAUUCCA